UAAGAGAAUUUAAAAUCAGUCGUGUACUUACAGCUUUAAUCCAGUGGCACAUUUUGAGUUUUUUUUUUUAAUAUUUAAAAUGUUCUAAAAUUUAAGCAGGUCAAUUUCUUCAUUCUUCAGCAUAGUAGCUAUUCAUACCCUAAUGUUACCUCAAGCAUAGUUUUCAAAAUACCAUGAAUCAAAAUUACUGGAAGAUAUUCGCUAAUAAAUUGUUCCUGUUGUUUUUUUCUUCCGCCUAUCUAUUCUACAAUCCAGUAACCGGCAAUGCUGUAAAACUCAACAGCCAAAAUGUUGACAUGACACUAGCAUCUAAUGAGUUAGUUAUCAUAAACUUCUAUGCCGAUUGGUGUCGGUUUAGUGGUAUUCUUACUCCAAUCUUUGAAGAAGCUGCUGCAAAAGUUUCUGAACUUUAUCCAGAGUCCGGUAAAGUUGUGUUGGGGAAAGUAGACUGUGAUACUGAAACUUCCAUUGCAUCUAGAUUUCAAAUUACUAAAUAUCCUACUUUAAAAGUAUUAAUCAAUGGCCAACCAGCUAAAAGAGAAUAUAGGGGUAAGCGAUCAGUUGAUGCAUUUGUGUCGUUUGUACAAAAACAGCUUGAAGACCCGAUACAAGAAGUGUCCAGCUUGUUUGCCGCGGCUGAUGUGAAGUCAAGAGUUGUAAUUGGAUACUUUGAAAACAAAGAUUCUCAAGAAUACCAAGUAUUUAGAAAAGUGGCAACAAAUCUCAAAGAUGAUUGUCUUUUUUAUGCUGGAGUUGGUGAAACAUUCCGUGCUAUGCAUCCGCCCAACGAAACGAUAAUAGAAUUCAGACCUGACCGGGCAUCUCCCAAAUCUGAGCAUCACACUUUUAGAGGAAAUUCAGCCGAUUAUGAUUCGCUAAAUAUAUGGGCGACAGACAAUUGCUUACCAUUAGUACGCGAAAUAACGUUUGAGAAUGCUGAAGAAAUCACAGAAGAAGGAUUACCAUUCUUACUAUUUUUCUAUCAUCCUGAUGACUUGGAGUCCAUUAAGCUGUUCAAAGAAAUUGUUGGCACAUAUUUAAUACAAGAGAAACAACGCGUUAACUUUUUGACGGCCGACGGCGUCAAGUUUGCACAUCCAUUACAGCACCUGGGGAAACGACAUACUGAUUUACCUGUAGUCGUCAUUGAUAGUUUCAAACACAUGUAUCAGUUCCCAACAAAAAGCGAUUACAAAAACCACGAGCAUCUGAAAACAUUCAUCGAUGAUUUGUACUCCGGUAAAUUACAUAGAGAAUAUCAUUUGGGUCCUCAGGAAAUUUCUGCCAUAGAAGUAAUCCAUGGUCAUAACCAACCUGCUGAACAGACGAUGCCACCAGAAUCUACUUUUAAGAAACUGGCACCAUCUAAAAAUCGUUACACAUUAUUAAAAGAAGAAUUAUAGCUUAACGAUACUAUGUGGCGUAUCGAACUAUAACUGCCCGACAUAGUUUUAACUAUUAAGUUAUUAAAUUUAUUUCCCAUGUGAAUCAUUUUAUUUUAUUUUUGUUCGUAUUUUAAAAUUUACCAUUAAUUACUUUAUUAUUAUUGUUUUUCCUUCCAAUUUUUUGUCCGUAUCUCAUACCGAUUGUUCCAUUUUUAUCAUAUUGUAAUAUUUUGAUUAUCAUCAUAAGGUGCUGGUAUCCAUUCAAAUUAUAUUAUUAUGUGUACAUAAUUGAUUAACUAUUUAAAUGUCAUUCUAUUUUUAGGAUAAUAUCUGUUAUUUUGCCAUCUCAAUGCCUAUGCACAAUUAGCGAUUAAGAUAAUAACACUGUUAUACUAAAUUAGAUAUUGGCCUGUAUUUUUUUAAAGAAAGUUUUCUGAGAUCUUUGAGUGCUUUAAAUUAUGACUUUAAAUACUCAUUUUGUAUUAUAUUAAAUAUAUAUUAUGUAUUGUACGUUCAGAGAAAAAUUAUGUUAAAAAUAAUUUUUACAUAGUACUGGUUUGGUAUAACAAAAGUGUAUCAAUUUGACAGAACUGAUACAACUUUAGAUUUGAUUAAUGAACUUUGGUCAAAAGAAAUUCCAUUUAUCAAUUUUACGCCUGCCUAGAAAAUUAUAAUUAAGUACUAGUUCUUGUAAUUACUAAUUAUGAUAAAUAAUUGUAUUCUAGAAGCAUUUAUAUAUGUAAUAUAUAUAUUUUAAUAAGAUAAUAAUUGAAUGCUGAUGAAUUAUACCUGAUUGGCAGCGUGCAGCACAUCUUUAUUUUGAUAAUCAUUGAUAUAUAUAUAUAUUAAUAUAUGUACGCAAGGUGAAUCACAAAGCACGAAUGCUUGGUGUAUCGCCUAUAUUAUAUCUUUUACAUAAAUAAACAAGUAUAAUGAAGACUUAUAACCCGCUGUUUAACAUGAUUAUUGUAAAAUAAUGAAUUUAAAUUAUUUAAUUUUUAACAGAUUAUUAAUAUUUUAUACCUUUGUAAAAUAUUAUUGUUUUACAGAUAUUAUUUUCGAUACAAAGUUUUCAAUUAAUGUAAAAAAUAAAAUAUUAUACUGAUGAAAAUGUA